AUGGAUUCCUCAGCAUCCCCAACUCAACCAGGUUCCCGGUCACGCCGCUCUUACCCAUCUCUAAAUCAAGUUUCUCUCGCUCCUUUAACCCCGCACUACCCUAUAGACGGCGACAAUGAUACGGAUCGACAUUCACAGGACUACUUCUCCCCACAAAAUGAAGCUCUCGACACCCCGACCAGAACCUCCUAUCUAUCCAGCUUCUCAGUCCCGGGCACACCUGGUGUUCUUUCCCAUGCCCCCUCUCGAAGUGCUUCACGCGUGCGCCACCAUACUCGAAGCAAAAGUUCAACACCUAUCCAUCUAAGCGAUACCAACAUCCAGGAGCAGAAUGCGAACCACCCACUUCACCACCACUCCAGAAGCAGCGGAAGCGCCACCGCCAGUGUCACCAGCAGAGCCAGGCGUCCGGCAGCCCACCGGCACCAGUCCUCCGACACGAGAGACCCCGAGUGGAUGCUCCGUGCAGGAGUUGCACUGGCAUCCUCAGCCCGCGAGGAAAAGGGCCAGAGCUGGCUAGUGAAACGCGAGAGCUCGACCAGUUUAGUUUCAGAGGGUGGGAAGUUCGAGGUUGAUGCUAUUUCUCAGGCGUUGCGCACGGGUAUGUCUCGCCGGUCGAAAUCCGGCCGGUCUACGCCUGCAGCUGCGGCUUCGCUGUCCCGCGCGGUCAGUCGACGGAACAGCAGGCAUGACCUUGCUAUGACGGGGCUUGAAAUGACGAUGCCCUCGCCCUCCUCGAAACGCAGUAGCGGGCAGGCAUUCUCAGCGCCGCGUACUCCAUCUCAUGCUAUGAACGAUGAGGGGCGAUCCUCCAUAUCUCUCCUCCCAGAUUUCAUAGACGAGCAAGUCCGUGCGGAAAUGCGAGAUACGAUUCAACAACAGGUUGCGCGCGAUUGCGGUUCUGCAUUAUCAGACGACUCAUGGGACUCCGAAAACGACGAAGAGGAAGAAGAAGAGAUUGACGAACUCGAGCUCCAACGGUUAACUCGCGAACGCGGCUUUGGUCUAGGUGGCUGGGUAGACCGGAUGGUAGAAUGGACGUUAUUCGGCGUCGAUGACUGGCCGCUCUCGUCCACCGCAGAUCCGAUAACAAACCCACCACGAGCGACAGCAGUAGAACUCGAUGAAGAUGAUCACCCAGCAGCAGGGCUGUCCGAUAAUGACGACGAAGUCAAGAGCCUAGCAUCAGAUACCAUCUCCGAAAUAAUUCCUACGGAAAGGGCUGGGAACCGUGGCGGCUGGGAAGAUGCAGGGUGGCUAUUCCGUGCCAUUAAGCAAGCUUUGAUAUCUGCAUAA